AAUGCUUGUCAGAUCCUAGAUUACUUGAUAGGAUGGUCGCCACGACAAGCACCUUUCUGCUAUAGUUCCCAGCGCUUGUCGCUCCUCCCGCGCCCGCCUGCAUUCCACGAUGAGAUUCAAUGCGAAGUCAACGUUCAACGCGUACCUGUGUCCGUUGGCGUCGAUGCUAGAAGUCCUUCUGUGUCUGUUCGUCAGUUCACCGCUAUCUUGUAUGCUCGAUCCGGCUCAAAACAGAGAUGCAGGUUCUUGGUCUUUUUCUUCUUAGCAUUGUCCUGCUCGUGUUCUCUGUUCUCUUGUUCACCAGUGCAUUGUACCGUUACAAGAUCAGUGCGUGCACGCUCAGUGGAUCUCCCAUUCGUUGUUUCCUGCACCUAGCUUUGGUCGUAGGGUGCAUUUCGGCCUUGGGGUUGGGCUCAGGAAAUUUCGUGAACGUCAUACUGCUUUCCGCUUUUACCUAUUUAUAUGAUAGCGGUGGUGGGGGUACUGAUGUCAUCCUUUUUUUUAAAGCCGUACUCGAUGGAAACACGCUAGUCAUCACGCAAGCUGAGCCGCAAACAUCAGACUUCGCUCAGGACAGAUUCGUCCUGGAUCCGAACAGGACUACAGUCACCACACUGGGAUUAAGGUUCUCUACGGCGGUGUCAAACGACCCAUGUCAUGCGCGUUCUUGCAGCACAAGUCGGAACCCGAAUCCCUUGCUGAACGUUCCAAGUGCUCUGUGAGUUCUGGACAGAUUGCGAAAUGGCUGCCAGCCUCUGAAAGGUAUGGACCGUA